AUGUCUUUCUUCAAAAAGCCGAAGCCGAAGCCGCCUCCACUGCCUCAGCAGCGACCGGCAAGUACGCUUUACGGAGCGCAGGCUGAUCCCGAUCCAUUUCACGCAGGUCCAGUUCAACCGGUAGCAUCACUUCAUGCCCCAAGACCUGGACCAAACCGCCAUGCACCGCCAAAAGGUGCAUCUGCCCCUCCACCCACAGGAGGUCCCGCCCAUCAACCCAUGCAGCAACCCCCUCACCAGCCUGCUCAGGGACCUCAACAUCCACCUGUUGCCCAUCCUCAGUCUUCCUCCCUGAAUCCAGCGGGUGUCGUUUCGCAUCCAUCAGGUAUCACAGCGAAUCCAGCGGGUGUCGUUUCACACCCAGCAGGUAUCACAGCGAAUCCAGCAGGCGUGACACCGCAGUCAUUGGGUGCCACUCCACGUCCAUCUCGUAUGGCAGGGCUGGCAGCAGGUGUCACUCAGCAUCCAGGUAUGCAGGGUCAGGGAGGACAGCAUCCCGAAGAGAUACCAGACUGGGAGGUCGACGAUGACGCCGUGUUCGGUCACGCACGUCAGCGAGACGCCCAAACAUUUCACAACACUCAAAGUGCUCUAGCAGACCACGAAGCACUCCUCAACGACCUGGGUUGGGACGAAGAUGAGGACGAGGAAGGCGGGGGUCACUGGCCUGAAGACGAGGACGAUCAGAACCCGAACCACUUCGACCCAGAUUACGAUGAGGAUGAUGACCCCAACGUUCAUUACGGCCAGGCCAUUUAG